GGGGGUGGGGGAGGGGGAGUGGAGGGAGGAAGGAAGGAGGGAAGGAGGGAAGGAAAGAGGGAAGGAGGGCGGCGGCCGGCGGGGGGGAGAAGAUCAGACUCGGGAGUGACCAACAACCCCACCCCCGCCCCGAGGACCCCCCUAGGGCUCAACACCAGCAACCCAGCUCCAUGUAGACCCCGUGGCUAGAAGGGGUCUAGCAAGACAGAGCCGCGGCCAGCUGGGGGGGUGGAGAUCAUGCCCAGAGAGCAGCAGAGAAGGGACGGAGGCGAAGCUGAUCACCCAUGGCAAGGCCAGGGGCCCUAGACUCUAUGGAAGCGGGGGAGUGCGCCCGAGCCGCCGCGCAGCGCAGCUGGAGCAGGAGCCCGAGCAGGAGCACGAACGGGAGCUGGGGCAGGACCAAGGGCAGACACAGAAGCAAUAGCAGGAGCCGAAGGAGGCGGGGGCCCUCCGCCGAGCCCGGUCCAGGGACCCCCGGGGCCAAACAGCUAGGUGACCACCAGGCAGCCCUGGCCGGGCACUAAAAUCCCUCAAGCUCUCGGAGACCUCCGGCUGCCCGGCCCAGCCCCGGGGAAUGGGAGGCGGCUAGACUGUCCGAACUAGGAGAAUUGGAGCGGCGCGGGCGCUGUCCCAGGGGCAGUUCCAGUUCGUCUGGAAAGAGAAGCGGCUGAGGAGGAGGAAGGCAGGGAACAAGAGAGGACUGUGAGCCAGCGCAGUCUGGCGGCAGCGGCGCAGCGCGGCGCAGCGCAGCCCCCUCCUGCCGCGGGCGCGCACUCUCGUUCACAGGGACACAGACACGGACACGGACACGGGCACUCUCCCUAUCACAAGCAUAUGCGCCGAGCCCCAGCUCCUUCCUUCCAGCCUCGCCCGCUGGCCUUUUAGAACACCAUCGUUAACCUAACCCUCUGCUUUUGGAUGUCAUGGGUAACAGCUUCUCCAGUAUUCCCGCCCUGCCCCGGGGCAGCCCGACUAGGGGGGCCCGGGUACAUCGCCAGCACCUGCAAGAUUCCAUCAGCGGCCCCUUCCCUGCCUCUUCCCACCGAUGUCACCACAAACAGAAGCACUGUCUGCCAGCGCCUCCGGGGGGCAGCCUCCCGGCCACCCCACUCCUCUUCCACCCACACACCAAGGGCUCCCAGAUCCUCAUGGACCUCAGCCACAAAGCCGUCAAGCGGCAGGCUAGCUUCUGUAACGCCAUCACCUUCAGCAACCGGCCUGUCCUCAUCUAUGAACAAGUCAGGCUAAAGAUCACCAAGAAACAAUGCUGCUGGAGUGGGGCUCUCCGGCUGGGGUUCACCUGCAAGGAUCCUUCACGAAUUAACCCAGACACACUGCCCAAGUAUGCCUGUCCUGACCUGGUAUCCCAGAGUGGCUUCUGGGCUAAGGCAUUACCUGAGGAGUACGCUAAUGAGGGUAACAUCAUUGCCUUCUGGGUAGACAAGAAGGGCCGUGUCUUUUACCGGGUCAAUGAUUCUGCCGCCAUGCUGUUCUUCAGUGGUGUCCGAACUGCCGAUCCCCUGUGGGCCCUGGUGGACGUCUAUGGCCUCACGAGGGGUGUCCAGCUGCUCGAGAGCGAGCUCGUCCCCCCAGACUGCCUGCGCCCUCGCUCCUUCACUGCCAUCCGAAGGCCCUCCCUGCGGAGAGACCCGGAGGACACUCGCCUCUCCGUCAGCCUCUGCGACCUCAACGUGCAGGACGAGGGCUUCCAGGCAGCGGCGGCCGUGGCGGCCUCGGCCUGCUCCAUCCCCCAGAACUCCCUCAACUCUCAGCACUGCCACCUGCUGCCCCCCCAGCUGGAGAGCGACCUCCGCUUCCACCAGCUGCGCGGCGCCCACAUCAAGAUCCUGGACGAGCAGACCGUGGCCCGGCUGGAGCACGCCCGGGAGGAGCGGACGCUGGUCUUCACCAGCCGCCCAAUGCACGUCGGGGAGACCAUCUUCGUCAAGGUCAACAAGUCCAACACCUCCCGGCCCGGGACCCUGUCCUACGGCGUCACCACCUGUGACCCCGGAACCCUGCGACCCAGCGACCUCCCCUAUAAUCCGGAAGCCCUGGUGGAUAGGAAGGAGUUCUGGGCCGUGUGCCGGGUGCCCGGGCCCCUGCACAGCGGUGACAUCCUGGGCUUUAUGGUGACUGCCGACGGGGAGCUGCACCUGAGCCACAAUGGGGCCGCAGGGGGCAUGCAGCUCUGUGUAGACGUUUCCCAGCCCCUCUGGAUGCUCUUCAGCCUGCACGGGGCAGUCACCCAGAUCCGAGUCCUCGGUUCCACCAUCCUGGCUGAGCGAGGUGUCCCAUCUCUCCCAAGCUCCCCGGCGUCUUCACCCACUUCUCCUACAGGUCUGUGCAGCCGGCUCUCCGACCCACUGCUGAGUGCAUGCAGCUCUGGACCCCCUGGCAGUUCUCUCAGCGGCACAGCUCCCAACUCGCCCAUAAGUCUACCCGAGUCACCUCUGUCACCAGGCCCCGGGCCAGGGCCUUGGAGUGAUGAGUGCACCAUCUGCUACGAGAACACAGUGGACACAGUCAUCUACACCUGCGGCCACAUGUGCCUCUGCUACUCCUGCGGCCUCCGCCUGAAGAAGACCGUCCACGCCUGCUGCCCCAUCUGCCGCCGAGUCAUCAAGGACAUCAUUAAGACCUACCGGAGCACCUAAUGCUGCUCCCACUGUCCCCCCGCUCCCACCCUGCCCAUGGUGGGAUUCUAGCCAUCGGGAGGCCAGCUCCGUCCCCAGCAGAAGGCUAGCAAACAGGGACCCCUUUUUCUCUCUCUUUUGGAAUCUUUUUCCCUCCUCCUCCAUUAAAAAAGCAAAGGAAAGGCUCCCCAGAGGCUUUAGGGCAUGUGGGGGAGAAGGGCAGCCCCUCCACGAGACCUCAGCGGCUACCGUGGAUAUCUCUGGAAUCCAGGAGAAGGCAGACCUGUGCUUUGGACCUUCAUCCACGGGGGCAUCCCCGAGUCAGGCCCUGUCUGGGGAUCUGUAGAAGGGGAGAAGCGGGGGAAAUCCAAGGUUUGGAAAAAUCAGGAAUGCCUCUUCUCGCUCCCACCCUCACAAGCCAUGUCUGGCCAGGACUCCGGGGAGGAGUCGAUUGGGAGCCUGCAUUUCCUCCCCCGGAGUGCCCCUGCCCAGUGUGACCCCUUGAAAAAAGCUUCUUCUGAUUCCUUUCUCAGCUUCUCCUUCCUCUGUCCUCUGCUCUGUCUCCUUCCUCUCCUGCCACCUCCUCUUCUCUGUGUCUCUCCUCAUUUCUCUCUCCCCCCUCAUAGAUGCUCAGUGUUUGCCAGAAGGAUGUGGAGCUCUUUGAAGAAGGAACCACCCCAUCCAGUUUGUUCAGCUUCACCUUCAGCUAGAGGACCUCCUAGAGCAGACAGAGGCCACUGGCUGGGGCACCUGGCUAGAAUGUUGGGUGUGGAGUCAGGAAGACCGACUUCAAGUCUUGCCUCAGACUCCCUGGCUGCAUGCCCCCACCUCCACCCCCACCCCCGACAUGUCUUUUAAACCUCUUUGGCCUCAGUUUACUCAUCUGUAAAAAUGAGAGUCGGCCUCAUUGGCCUUUAGGGUUCCUUCCAGCUUCAGAUUUAUGGUCCUAUGACCUGAGGGAAGAAAGGACAUCUUUGCCUCCUAAACUUCCCCUUCCUCUUCUUUUAUGAUGAAACUCACAGCUCAGGCUGCUCCUCAGGUAUGUGUAGAAUUGGGAAGGGGCCAUAGGAAUGGCUACAGACAGAACCAACCCACCCAGACUUGGUAUCACCUCCGUUAGACUUCUGAGAAGUGGGUUUUAGCGACUCCUGGCUUCCCUCAGGUUCCUGGGACCACGGGGAGAGAUGUGUCUCUUCAGUGGCCUCCGAAGACACGAAUCAUCUCGCCCUGAUGGCAUUCUGGCCCCCAGUCAGUGGCAGGGGCAGGGGAUCUUUCUCCCUAGCUCUUCCACCCCCUACUCUCUCAGGCAUCCUCCCAUCAUCUCAGUGCCACGGAAGCUCCAAGGGGGUGGGGGGUGUUGCUUGUGACUCAGACCCUCCCCCCAGGCCCUUCCUUCCCAGCAGUCACUCCCAACUUUGGCCAUACCCCAUCAGGGCCCAUAACCUCUCUUUUGCUCUCUUUUGAGCCUUAUUUAUUUUUAAUUAAUUUAUUGACUUCCACUAGGUGGAGUUGCUGUUCUCCAAUCACUCUCCCUCCCUGCCUCAUGACUAGAGGGCCUUAAGUGCCAUGACAUGUACCAGGCAGGGGCCAGUUGGGUGACAAAAGACGGAUUCAUCCCAGAUACUCCUCUCUGGGGAUGGACCCACUCAGGCUCAGGCAUCCUCUCCCCCAUCAAAAUCUAGCCAAAUGUUUCCUUAGCCUCCAGGAAAGGGGAAUGGAAGAUGGAUGGCUUCCCUCCUAGACAAUUCUCUCCCAAGGAGCUUUCAGGUGUUCUAGGUGUGGAUUGGGAGUCAAAGGACUAGAUCUGCUGCUAAUUUUCUGUGCAGCCUCGGUGGCUUAACCUCUUUGGGUCUCAGUUUCCUCAUCUGUAAAAUGAGAGGGGUGGACAAGGGAACUCUAAGCUCCUUUUGAGUUCUUUACAAUUCUGGUUUGGCAGAAGAGAAGCCAGAGGCAGACAAAGGAGGGUUUGGGGGAGCUUUGUUUGUUGACCUCUAAUCUAAGGUAGGAGUAGGGUACCUGGGGUGAGAGACUUUCCUUGUCCAUCCCCUUCUCCUCCCACCCAGUAGAAGACAAAAAUGUGUCUUGGACCUCUAUUAAAUAGGUUUCCAAUGGAGAGGAAGUGGAAGUGCUUAAAGGCUUUUGAUGACUCUUCAACCCUUUGUUGAUCAUCCUUGGGUUAGAAGUCCAGAGCUGACUCCUAGGAGAAUGUCCCUCUGUGAUUUGGGAUGCAUUGCCCAGGGGUCUGGGAAAAGUUCCAUCUUUUACAUUUGUCUUAAGCCAUGAUCUCACCCAAACUCCAUCCCCAAGCCUGACUGGGCUUCUGGAUCCCAGGUAUUGGUACCGAGUAGGACUGGGUCUCCCCUGGGUCGGCAGGGCUCUUUCCUGCCCUUUAGGAUGGGCAGCCUCUUUGACCCUUUGCUGCUCUACCUGCCCGCAUCCAGUCUUAUUAACCUCUGCUGCCAAGGGCAGGGAGAAGAUGAGAGGAAGCAUUAGUGUGUGGUGCAAAAAGCCCUGGACCAGAAAACCAAAUUCUAGUCCUGCUUCUGUCCCUAAUUUCUGGUGUGAGCCUAAGCAGAGCACUUCUUUGUGUAUGUCAGGUUUCCUCUAAACCAUGGCGGCCGUCCAGUGGAUAGUGUCUAAAGUUCCUUCCAUUCUUCAUUCCAAGAUUCUAGCUAUUGGGGUGGGCUGGGAUUGGAGAUGGGGGUCGUGGUGAGAGACAUCCUUUCUCCAUGGAGAAAAGAACUCCCUUGGGUGACCUCUUUGAGAUUCCAAAUUUGGUAACAUCUUUAGGGAAAUGGGGACAGGGUUAGGUUCUGGUCUAGGGUCAUAUUCUCAUGGGGUUCUAGGAAUAAAGGAAGAAUGGGAAGGAGGAAGAGAAGGCGCCCACCUUGUUCUAUUCCAUUUCUUUCUGAUGCUAUGUUCUGUUAGAUGCCACCUCCAUUGUGUCCUCUGGGUCACCCUGAUUGUGAAUAAAGGUGAUUUAGCGAUCCAA